AUGACAAUAAAAAGAAUGCAGCCCCAGAAAGAAGAAUUUGUCAUUGACUGUAAAUUUAAAGAAUUCCUCACAGACCCAGCAGAACACCAAGAGGAUAAAAGUAUGCUUGAACACUUCACCACGUACAGAGCGAGUACUAAACAAACAACCUUCUUUACAUCUAAUAUUUAAG